AUGAGUCUCGUUGACGAUAUCCUGUGUGCGAUUUCAGUGCUAUCAUCAAAUUUACCAAAUGUGAACACUCAAGAUCUGCUUCCACGCCAUCGACCAGAAUUGCAGUCUGCGUUUUACAGUUUAGAGCGAAUACUGAGCUCACCACCUCCAUCUCCGACAAACCGCUCGGAGUCUACGAGCUCAGUAGCUUCUCCGCUUCAGCCUCUUGACACAUCAGCUCUGUCUGGUAAUGAAAUCGGGGGACAAGCUGAUAACGUUGAAGCUCUAAAUGUCCAGAACUCAACCUCAGCCGAUCGAAUAAUGCCGCCGUCAAAUCAAGAUGAGUCCGAGCGACCUUUGGCGCAACCGCUUUCGGGCAAGACGGAUCUAGUGUCCUCUUUCAUGGAACGUCUCCAGCGCUCUUCAAGAAAAAUACGUACCUUCGUGGCAAAGGACGCGGAAGACGCAAUUUCCAGACGUACCAACUGGACAGAGCUCGAUCCGCGUCUCGUUGACAUCGAUUUGGCAGAACGCCAUACCUCAGAGACCGGAAAGUUUAGGGGAUGGCUUGGCAGGUAUUCACUUACCGAAGAUUAUUUGGCCUGGGCAGAAAACAAAUACAAACAUCCUCGCGAAGCAUUUCUGGUUUUGGACGAAAAGACCGCGGAUCAGAGAGGUCAGGGCCACAUUGCUGAAUAUGUGUCCUUUGUUGGCCUACCAAAAGGAAAAGCGCACAAAGCUAUUCGCCAUGGAUUGAAAUACAUCUCGUUUGAGCACAUAUAUGGGAACCCCGGAGUCUCCGUGUUCCUGUGUCACAUGUUUACCGCGUUCAGGGACCUGCCAUACUCGCAAUUCAAGUCAUUGGCGACGAUUAUUCAUAAAUCGGCCAAAUGGUCCAAAUUAGCGGCGGAAAAAUCUGACUGGCUAUCCCGAUGUCGAUUGAUCUACAAUGAGGACAACAAGCAGUAUCGGUCUCGGUCGCUUAGCCGGAAGCGUCCGCUCGAGCUCGAGUGGACAAAUGAGCAAUCUCAGCAUAAGAGAGUGGAAACAGCCAACAGCGCUGCAAUAGGUGGUGAUCUAUGCUCAAACAAUGCUUCAUCAAACCUGCGGCCACCUCCAGACUUUGACCCGCCCCAACCAGCAGGUGAUCUGGAUGCUGAACACCGACUUUCAACUGAUGGCCUGUUGCGGCCAAAUUUCGAUGUUUGGGAAGAUCUGAAUAUAUUCCAAAACCUUGAUCUUUGGCAAGAAGAUUUCGGCCCUGUUCAAGAUCACAUGUUCCUAUUCUCCCAAACAGCAGAGGGCACAGAAAGUGCGGGAUAUAUAUCCUCUGAACAAAGAAACGCAAGGCUGGAGACAUUCAACGCAUCACUAGAAGAUGACUGCGGACAGAAUGCGUCGCGGGUGAAUUUGCCUCUAUUCAACACCCUUGCAGCACAAACAGUUUGCUAA